AAUAUCUCAUUACAGGGCCUCAUGGAGCCAGAAUGCGGGGGCAAUGGAACAGCAGUCACCGAGUUCAUUCUCCUGGGCCUGGUGGAGACACCUGGGCUGCAACCAUUUGUCUUUGUCCUCUUCUUCUUUGCUUAUUUGCUCACAGUCGGAGGAAACCUCAGCAUCCUGGCAGCCGUCGUGGUGGAACCCAAACUCCACACCCCCAUGUACUUCUUCCUAGGGAACCUGUCAGUACUGGAUGUGGGGUGCAUUAGCGUCACUAUUCCCUCCAUGUUGGUUCGCCUCAUGACCCACAAGCGUUCAGUUCCCUACAGAGCCUGCCUCACACAACUCUUCUUCUUCCAUCAAUUGGCUGGGGUGGACUGCUUCUUGUUGACGGCCAUGGCCUAUGAUCGAUUCCUGGCCAUCUGCCGGCCCCUCACCUACAGCACCCGCAUGAGCCAGACAGUGCAGAGGAUCUUGGUGACAGUGUCCUGGGCUUGUGCCUUCUCCAAUGCCCUGACCCACACCGUGGCCAUCUCCACACUCAACUUCUGUGGUCCCAAUGUGAUCAAUCACUUCUACUGUGACCUUCCCCAGCUGUUCCAGCUCUCCUGCUCCAGCACCCAGCUCAAUGAGCUGCUGCUCUUUGGUCUGGGAAUCCUCAUGGCAGGUGCACCCGUGAUUCUCAUUGUCAGCUCGUACAUAAACGUGGCAGCUGCGGUUCUCCGAAUUCGGUCGGUGGAGGGCAGGAAGAAGGCCUUCUCCACAUGCAGCUCCCACCUCACCGUGGUGGGCAUCUUCUAUGGGACAGGCGUCUUCAGCUACAUGAGGUUGGGCUCCGUGGAGGCUUCAGACAAGGACAAGGGCAUUGGCAUCCUCAACACUGUCGUCAGCCCCAUGCUGAACCCACUCAUCUACAGCCUCAGGAACCCCGAUGUACAGGGUGCCCUGCGCAGAGUGCUCAUGGGAAAGCGAGACCCGGCAUGAAGG